AUGGCAAGGAGAAAGGGAAAUCCCCAAGUCCUGAUUGUGAAAUACAUAAGCACAUGCCUCUUCAGAUUUGCCAAUUCUCGCAAGGCAGUUGGGCAUGUUCUCUCUUCAAAGAGCACAAGGUAUUUCAGCUUCGGAGAUGAGUUCAUGGGCAGAUCAUGCGGUGUCCUCCCCACCCGUAUUCGAAAAGGUCACUGUGCAGUGUAUGUUGGUAGUAAACGAUCUAGGUUUAUAAUCCCCACCGAGUGUUUGAAUCAUUCUCUGUUCAAGGAAUUCCUAGAUAAGGCGGAGGAAGAGUAUGGCUUUCAUGAUCAGAUGGGACUCAGUAUUCCUUGUGAGGAAGUUGCUUUUCAGCAUCUGACGUCCAUGCUAGAGAAAAAUGACCUGAGAUUUAGGAACAUGGAGCUGAAUAAGCUAAUUGAUUUCUACUCCUCGAGGGAGUGA